CUACACAAUAUGGAAAGACCGGCUUCUGAAUUUUUUUUUGAUAACGACUGUGAUAAACUGAUAACUAUUCUAUACUGAUAUGUAUUAUAGUGCAGUAUUACUCCCAUGCACCAGUAAUGGCCGAUUUUUGAACGAUUUUAUUCGUUAUAAAAUAUAAAUUGAUCAAAGUUAUUUAUUCCUAAAGUAUCGACACCAUCGACAGACAACUUUCUUACCGUAGUUCCGAAGUUCUCUUGUUGUACCUAUUUAUUGUUUAAAAUCUUGAAUUUUCAAUGUACUAAAUUUGUUUUUGUUAUCUAGUAAUGUACAAAAUGAGAUUUUAUAAAUUAUAAACUGUUUGACGAUAAUAUACCUGUAUAAGUUUUAUGAUAUUUAAAUUUCCAUUCAUCUUAUAAUGGAUUUGAGAUCACCUGUUCUUAAUUCUGAUAAUGAGUCUGUUUCAGAUGUAUUAGAAUUGGAUACAGACUAUGAUCUUGACAAGAUCGAAGAAGAGCCAUCUACUUCAACUGUUAAUCAUAAAAUGGGAACGGUUUGGAGAGAUAUUGUUGUUGGAGAACAGAUGGAGGGAUGUUUAACUCGUCUGGAAGUAACCACUAAGGAAGCUGCUUAUACUGAUAUGGAUGAUCCAAAUUAUGAGUACAAGAAUUGUGGAUCAAAAAGAAAACGAGGUUUUUCAUCGUGUAAGUCAAAUAAAAAGGCUGAAAAUAUACUAGAAAGUGGAGAAUAUGAUUUGGAGUCUGAUCAUGUUGUAAAAAAAAGAUAUUCACAUGGAAAUGGAGAUUUUAAGAAAUGUAAUUAUAAAUAUGGAAAUACAAAAGGAUUUGUGGAAAAAAAAACUAAUAGUGACAAUACAUCUAGGUGUAGAAUAUUACCUGAUAUUUGUGAUUCUGAAGAAAAGACUGAUGAUCAGUUUUUAGAUGAGUUGUGCACAAAUCUUCAUGAACACAACAAGAUUUUAAUGUUAUCUGUGUUAUCCAAAAUUGAUAGAAAAAUCAUUCUUGAAAAAUAUAAGAAAACCUGUUUAAUAGAAUCUAAUGGUGGCCAAAUGAUUAAGAAUGGUAAUCGUAGACGAACAUCUGGAGGAAUAUUUUUUAAUUUAAUUAAAGAAGAUAAGUCAAUUCCUAAUUCAGCAAAAAAAGAUCUAUUUAGUUGCCCUCAAAACGAAGAGAUAAAAAAGAAGAAAAAGCGUGAAAAAAUGAAACGUAAAAAAGAAAAAUUAAGAAAAUUGAUUGCUAAGGAUACUAAAGAAGUGGAUCUUUUGAAAACAUUGAAUGAAGAACUAGAAACAUUACCAUCAAAUUGUACAAUGGAAAACGAGGAGUUAGCUGAUUAAUUAGUGAUAGAUAUAAUUACUAUAAUGUAAAACAAUCUUGUUUUCUUAUUUUCUUAUUUUCUUAUGUAAACUAUCAAUUUUUUCAAAAAUUAAAUUAAAAAAAAAAUGUAUUGCAUGUAUUUAAAUUUAAUUUAAUCGAUUAAAUUUGUUUAAUAAAUAAUAUAUUCAUUAAUUGUAGAAUUUUUACAAGAAUAUAUUAGCCUAAAAUAUAAGUUUUUAUGGAUUCCAGCAUGUUAUGAACUAAGGGAAUAAGAUUGAAAAUAUAUUAUAACCAAAUUUAAGUUUUGACUUGAAAGAUGUCAAAUAAAGUAACUAUGCAAAUGUUGUGGUCAAGAAAAGCAUUUUAAUUAUAACAUCUUUAGAAUAAAAGGCCAGCUUUAUUUUUAUUAGAGUUUAAGUUUGUUAUCAGGAAAUUACAAUAAUGUCCUAGAUUAGUGAUCAAUAAUAGUAAAUAAUAAAUUAUUAUUCAUUAUUGACUUUUA